AUGGCUGCACAAUUGACCUGGUUUGUUACUGGCUGUUCCUCUGGCCUUGGGGAGGCUAUGGUUAAGGCUAUUUUAUCGAAAGGUGACAGAGUUAUUGCCACUGCUCGCGCGAGCCAAGGAAUUAGCGGUUCUGAACGUUUGUCUGCACUCAAAGAUGCCGGAGCUGCUGUACUAGAGUUGGAUGUCACAUCUUCCCAGGAGCAGUUGGACGAGAUAGCGAAAACGGCAUGGGAGAUAUAUGGACAUAUUGACGUGCUUGUUAACAAUGCUGGCUACAUCGAGGGCGGUAUUCUCGAGGAGAUGAGCGAAGAACUUGUCACACGUUCCCUCCGAGUAAAUGCUCUAGGGCCAAUCAACUUGACGAGGGCAUUUCUGCCCAUGAUGCGUGCCCGCAGGGCGGGAACUAUACUUUUUGUCGGUUCAGUGAGCGUAUAUUACACUAAGCCGACAAGUGCUUCUUACAUCGGAUCUAAAGCACUUCUCGAGGGACUGGCAACCAAUCUAGCAGUCGAGAUCGCUCCAUUUGGAAUACGAACAUCUAUCCUCACCUUUGGUCAUUUCCGCACUGAAAUCUUACAUUCAAAGAAUAUACAGUUCCGUGCACCAAACAAGGUGUCUGACUACGACGAGAUUAACAAUGCGGUGCAGGAAAAUUUGGAGAAAUCUCAUGGAACCUGGCCGGGGGACGCGAAGAAGGGAUGUGAAUUGGUGGUUGAUGCUGUCCGGGGCGAAGGAAGUUGUUCUGGUAAAGAGAUCCCCUUGCGCUUACCUAUUGGAUCAGAUACAUUCGGUAUCAUGCGCGAGGACCUCCUGAAGCGAUUACAGACUUGUGAUGAGUGGGAAGAUAUCAUGUCUAAGACAGACUGUGAAUAA